AUGUAUUUAGAAAAUAGAAUAGAACAGCUUAAUUGUUGUAUUUAUGUAGAUAAGAUAACUGUCGCAGUUGUAUCGCCAAAUGAAAGUCAAAAUAUUACAUUAUAUAAUGCCACAGAAAUAAAGAGUAACGAUAACACGACUACAGAUCAAAUUAAUAAUAUAGUGUCUAAUUUAACUAUCAAAGAACAAAUCAUUGAAGUACCACAAAAAGACAAUCACAACAUUACAGAGAAAUCUGCUGGUAAUGAUACCCAAACGGCUUUGAAAGAACAAUCUACUAUAGAAUCUGAAUAUAAACAAAAUCAUAACAAUGAUACUCUGUUGAAAUAUAUUUACAAGAAAAAUGAAAAGGAAAAUUUACCACAAAAGUCAAAAGGACAUGUUCAAAAUAGCUUAAAAAGGAGAAAGAGGUUCAUCAAUUCAUCCGAUUCUGAUAUUGUUCCCAAACCAAAAAUCCUACUAGUUCCUAUAGAUUAUCUUGAUAUCGAUCAAGGUAAGAGUAAGGAAGAGUUAUUUUUACCUGUAACACAAACGGGUGCAAUUGUUCAAAGUUCCAACUUAGCAGAUUUUAAUAUCGAGACAAUUCAUCACGAUGAUGCAAAACCAGCUAAUGACGCAGAGAUCAAGGAAAAUAAUCAUCCUAAAGUAGCGAUUGAUUCUAAAUUUUACCCAAGCCCACAAAAUGAUGAAACUAAAGAAGAAUCACAAAAAAGUGUUGAAAACAAAUAUCGUUUGAAAAAUGAAGCAAAAACAAAGGACUCGGGUGAAAAUCGAAGCGGAAGUGAAGAAAGCUCAAGUAGUUUUGAAAGUGAACAUAGUGUAGAAACUCCAAACGCUUCGACUUCCUCUGAAUAUAAUAAAGAAAGUAAAGAAACAGAAAAUUACAGAGACAGUGCGAAUCCAACCCCAAGAAAGAGAAAUCGAAGUGAUGAAAAUCAGGAGACUGAUAAAUCUUAUGAUUCGUCAAUAGAAAACAACAGCGAAGCCAGCCAAGAGUACACAGGAAAAUCUAUAGAACUUUAUAGUGAUCAAGGAAAUAAUUCUAGUAGCAAAAAUAAACCACUGAUAGUACCAAAGCAAGAUUACAUAAAUCUUGAAAUAAAUAAAGGUGAUGUAGAAGAAUUGCCAAAUACUUCUCGUGAAAAAUAUACUAAAGAUACCACAGACUCUUUGGAGACACCAAAAGCAAGCGAAGAAGUGAGUAAUGAGAGUAAAAGUGAUGAAAGUAAAGAAGUAUAUACAGAUUCUCGUUCCCAAGAAGAGUUAAAGGACAACAAAAGUGAAAAGCAAACUCUCAUUAAUGAUGAAGAAAUAAAACCUGUAGUAGAACUUAAUAAUGGAAGCGUCGAGUCCAGCGAAGAAAUUUCAGAAGAAGAUGUAAAUUCACGUUUAAAAAAUAACAGCAAAUUAGUGUCACUUACUCCAGUUAAGAACAUCCAUACGAAGAGCAAGGAAUUUUCGGCGCAAAGUGAUGAUUUGGAAAAAAAGGGUAACGUUAAACAGCAGUUCGAAAGAAUUCCUUUAGAUUACAUUCAUGCAGAUGAAGUGAAUAAAAAUAAUACCAGCAAUAUUACAGCUUCGCAUAUCAAACCGAUCGAACUUUCAAGCGAAGAAAAAGACAAAGAAGGUACCUUAGAUACAUUGUCGCCAAUAAAUCCUACGUAUGACGAUGAGUUAAAUAUAAAAUUCCAUGACUUACCUUUAAAACUCCCUGAAAUAAAACUGCCUGAAGACAUUUUGUCUUACGCAUACGAUGGACCGUAUUAUGAAACGAAAAAAAGCAAUGAUAAAGAAGCUCAAAAACAAAAAUUCUACCACAAUUACGAAGACGACGAUUUAGAUGUUAAUCCCAAAGAUAAAUACAAUAAGGAAGAUGAUUUUUAUGAUUAUUACAAAAAUAAUAAAGAAUAUGAUCAUGUAAAGCGGAAUAGUAAAAUAAAGAAUGAAGAAGGUGAAAAUGAAGAUCUUUAUGAGAAAUUCGUUCGAGAAAGAUUUGGGAAAAAACCUGUAAAGCAGAGAUUCGAAAGAAUACAAGAUGAACGUAUUCCAUCCCAGUUAAAACUUCGUAAAACAUUAAAAAAUAUUCUAAAAAAGACUGAAAAUGUAAAGAAAGAAGCUGAAAAAAGUGGAGAUCCCAAUGCUAAUUAUAUGUGGACACUCGAGUAUGGUGAAAACCUAUAA